GUCUCAGUCUGGAACAGGAAAGACGGCCACCUUUUGUAUCUCGGUGCUGCAGUGUCUGGACAUCCAGGUGAGGGAGACGCAGGCUCUGAUCCUCGCUCCAACCAGAGAGCUGGCCGGACAGAUUCAGAAGGUCCUGCUGGCUCUGGGGGACUACAUGAACGUCCAGUGCCACUCCUGCAUCGGAGGCACCAACGUGGGUGAGGACAUCCGCAAGCUGGACUACGGUCAGCACGUGGUGGCCGGCACUCCUGGGCGCGUGUUCGACAUGAUUCGCCGCAGGAGUCUGAGAACCAGAGCCAUCAAGAUGUUGGUCCUGGACGAGGCUGACGAGAUGCUGAACAAAGGUUUCAAAGAGCAGAUCUACGACGUGUACCGGUACCUGCCUCCAGCCACACAGGUGGUUCUGAUCAGUGCCACGCUGCCACAUGAGAUCCUGGAGAUGACCAACAAGUUCAUGACCGACCCCAUCCGCAUCCUGGUGAAACGAGAUGAGCUGACUCUGGAGGGCAUCAAACAGUUCUUUGUUGCUGUUGAGAGGGAGGAGUGGAAGUUUGACACUCUGUGUGAUCUGUACGACACUCUGACCAUCACACAAGCUGUCAUCUUCUGCAACACCAAGAGGAAGGUGGACUGGCUGACUGAGAAGAUGAGAGAGGCCAACUUCACCGUGUCCUCCAUGCAUGGAGACAUGCCUCAGAAAGAACGAGAGUCCAUCAUGAAGGAGUUCAGGUCUGGAGCCAGUCGUGUCCUGAUCUCCACUGAUGUUUGGGCUCGAGGGUUGGACGUCCCCCAGGUGUCCCUCAUCAUCAACUAUGACCUGCCCAACAACAGAGAGCUGUACAUCCACAGGAUYGGCCGGUCGGGUCGGUACGGCAGGAAGGGCGUGGCCAUCAACUUUGUGAAGAACGAUGACAUCAGGAUCCUGCGGGACAUCGAGCAGUACUACUCCACCCAGAUCGACGAGAUGCCCAUGAACGUGGCUGACCUGAUCUGACCUGGAUGAUGUCACAACACAGCCACGCCCCCUGACUUCCUGUUGCUUCUUUCAGUUUGUUUUGUUCAUUGAUCUGUUCACAGCUGGUUUGUAAAUAAACUGUUUGGUUUUCACA